GAGUAGUUGGUAGCAUCGUCUUGAAGUGGUUGCUAGGUUACUAGUCUUAGUAUCGUAAACAAAAACGAUUAUUUAGUAGUGCGAGUUAUUAAGAAUGUUGUUUUGGGGUAUUUAAUACUUUCUAAAAGAGUGUAACCUUGAGAUGGAGAAGCCACAGAUAAUAUGUCAUGCAGACAAGAGCACAAACUUUUCAAUAUUUGACACUCGAUGGAUUCCUUGUUCUCCAAAAUUUGUUGUUCUUGGGUCAAUGCCAAAUGGAACAGGUAUCAUACAGUUAUAUGAAAUCAGUGAAGGUGGGAUCACAGUCAUUAAGGAAGUUCAGAAAAGUAAGUCCUUCAAAUGUGGAAGUUUCGGAGCUUCAUCCCUGAGAGACAGACAGUUGGCGACAGGUGAUUUUGAAGGGAAUCUGAACAUCUGGAAUGUUGAGGACCUCUCCACGCCGGUGUACUCUGCGGGCGCCCACAAGGAGAUCAUCAACAGCAUCGACGGCGUGGGGGGCUGCAGCCUGGGCUGCGGGGCUCCGGAGAUCGUCACCGGCAGCCGUGAUGGUAGCGUGAAGGUGUGGGACCCUCGCCAGAAGGGACGGCCCGUCGCUACCAUGGAACCUGCUGAAGGCAGCGAGCGCAGGGAUUGCUGGGCCGUCACCUUCGGAAAUUCAUACAACUCGGAGGAACGAGUGGUGUGUGCUGGCUACGACAAUGGAGACAUCAAACUGUUUGACCUUCGGACCAUGAUGCUCCGCUGGGAGAAAAAUGUCAAAAAUGGGGUGUGUGGUCUAGAGUUUGACCGGAAGGACAUCAAAAUGAACAAGCUUUUAGUGACCACUCUGGAGUCCAAACUGCAUGUGUUUGACAUGAGGACACAGCACCCGAAGAAAGGGUUUGCAUCCGUGACAGAGAAGGCCCACAGCUCGACAGUGUGGGCAGGGCGUCACCUUCCCCAGAACAGGGAUCUGUUUGUGACGUGCGGAGGUGCAGGCUCCAUCUGCCUCUGGAAGUACUGCUAUCCCAGCAAGAGGACCCGGGAGGAAGCGGACGGCACGGAGGCAGGCGUGGCGGGCUCCCUGGAGAUGCUGCAGAACAUGAGCCUGACCAGUCAGCCGGUGUGCGGCUUCGACUGGAGCCCGGACAAGCUGGGGCUGGCCGUGUGCUGCUCCUUGGACCAGACGGUCCGCGUGCUGGUCGUCACCAGGCUGGCGAGAUUCUCCUGAGCCAUGAGCACUCCCCCCAUGUCACAGCUAUGUUCCUUUGAGCAUUUACUCUGAUGCUCUACAACCACGAAAACAAGCAACAAGCUUUCAAAAUUGUAGUAUGGUACGCGUCAAAAGUCACGUGAGUUGAGCUCCUCAGUAUGGACCUGCAGAGCCUACAAAACCAAUUACGCUGGCUCGGCAUGGCCCGGUUAGACAUAAACUGGUUUAAUAACAUAAAUCUUUGUGAUGAUGCUUCUGUGUGAAGCUACAUGGUUCACAUAGAUUUGGAAUGGGUUCAACACGCUAGUAAAUAAUAGCAUACAAGGAUAUUUUUCAACCUUCUUGGCCACUCCCCUUUGAUAGGUAUUUUCUCUUCCGUCCCCCUUAUCGCACUUUCCUCAUUCCUGCGCUAGCAGUUUGCAAGACUUCUAGUGUAUACUACAGGUCUUGUCUCUAUAAUAUAGUUAUGCUUAGCAUUCAUUAUACUUUUAUGGAGUACUAUGUGAUGUUAAAAAUUUCACAUCUAAUGUUCUGUCAUUAAAGUUUUGCACUUCAAGCUCUAACAAAACACUGCAUAGUAAAAAAAAAAAUUAGGUGUACUACAUGAUGUUUUCCAUAGUUUAAUUAGGCAGCCUUGGCUCAUAUUGUGUAUUAACUACUUUUUUUUUAAAAUGUGGAUACAAGAAUUUUACACGAGAUUUAAAAAUAUAUAGCUGCUGCUUGUCUAUGGUUAACUAGUGUGACAGUUAACUUAUGUUGAUGCUGAAUAAAGUCCACACAUAUGGCUGUAAUAUAGUUACACAAAUGAAAAUAUAUAAGAUCUAUUUCUUUAAAGAAUUUGUUACUGUUUUUUAUUCUACACUUGUAUCCAUGCUUAUAACCUCCAAAAAAUAGGUGUUCUGUAUUUGUCACACACUAAUUUAUAAUUUUUUUCUGUGUUGCAGAAUUUGAAAGAAACCAAAACGGAUUUCUUUAAAAAAAAUAAAAUAAAUAAAUAAUAAAAAAAACCCACAACAGUUCAACAAAUUCGAGGCACCCCCUUUUCCUUAUCUUUCUGCUAGGGAACAGUCUGAGGGUUAAAAAUCUUCAUAAAAGUCCUCAAAAAAAUUAAGCAAACAAAUUAAAAAAAAAAAGUGUGCAUUGCAGCAAUGUGCUUUAGAAGUGAGACUUCUCAGAUAAAGAGAUUAUAUAUUUGCAGGGGAACAAAAAUAUUUGGAAAUUUGUACAAGUGUGAAAGCAUGUAAGUGAGUGUACAGGUGAGAAUGUGUGCAAGUAAUCUUGCCAUUUAAUUUUUUCAGCAAGUAAUUUGAUAGUCAAUAAAUUACACAAUGGAUGUUCAAAACCGUAACAAAACUGGCGAUGGAAAACCUGUCUUAUAGUUGUCAGACUACUUUAUUCGCCUGCUUUUUUUUGUGCUUUUUCCAUUGCGCUCUGAUUAAGUCAUUGCAUCGACUUAAGCUGCUGGCUGUAAACAAGUUUCACUUCAAAAAGGUUUUACAGUGCACGUGGAGAAGUAAGAUUGUGCUACGUAUUCCAAGACCACGUGGCCACACAUAUUAUGGUACUAGAAGGUGCAUUUUAUUUUACAAUUUUCCUUACUUAAAGAUGAACUUGUAUUCUAUGUUAUUACUUGUAAGUCAUAAACAAUAUCCUUAAGGCAAAGAGAAUUUAGU